UCCGUAGGUCUUGUCUUGUCUUGUCUGAGAGGACACACGGUGGGAGCCGAGGCCAUACUCCUACUGUCCUACUAGCCCGCUUCGAUUCUACCGCCGCCGCUUGGUUUCUACCGCCGCUCACUGUUUCCAACAUCCACCAGCUAAUAAUGUCCCAGGCUGGCGGAGAACCGAGCGGCAACGGUAACAUCUUCGCUGGGAGUGUGACCCUCGACAUCGGCAUCGGCCCCAUCAUCAGGCAGGCCGGCGACGGCCAGCUCGUCAGCGGUGCGGGCGGCGAGGAGGCGCUGCGCGGCGGCUUGGGCGAGGCUGCCCGUGGCGGCAGGCGCGACGCUCGCCCGGCUCUCCAUCCCGGCCAUGGCGGCGCGGGCGCUCAAGGUGAUACGGCCAACCAUGGCGGCGGCGAAGCCAUUGGUGGGCACGGAGUACAUGGGCACGGCAACGUGUUCAUGGAUGGAGGUGGCAGGGUCACCAUCACCAUGGGCCCGCUGGAGAGGAUCGCGGCUGCUCGUCAGGGCGGCGGGCAUGCCCAGCGCGGCGGUCGGCGCGAGGUCCGCCGUGGUGUCCAACACCUUCAUGGCGACGCAGGCCCUGUGAGGGGGCAGGCCCGUGGUGUUCAUCCAUUCCACGGCGAUGGAGGCCCUCGCGCCGGCCACCUCGUUCCGCAUCGCGCAGCCCCUGCCGUCGCCGCCGUCGCCGAUCGUGAGCGCAUGGACGCCAAGCUGCAAUCAAUGAUUCGUCCGGUCGUUGGAUGCUUAGUGGUCGCUAUUGUGGGAUUUCUUGGGGCCUGUAUUACCCUUGCUCCAUCCAAUGGGUUCAAGACAGCCAGUAUUGUUCUACUUGUUACGUUUGCAUGCGUGGCACCUAUAUGCUUAUUGAUGAUAUUUGCGCAUCACGACAGCCCAUCGACCGGAAGAGAUUUUUCUGCUGCCUUGUUCAUCUCCUUCUUUCUGUGGUUGUUUGUGAGCAUCGGCAUGUUUAUGGAGUCAAGUCUGCUGCACCUUCACAAGGCUGUUCCAUCUUGCCUUAUUCCUCUGCUCACGAGUGUCGUCCUGUGCUAUUGGGGCCGCAACUUCACUCAUCCUACGUGUUUGAGUAACUUGAUGAGGUGCUGCUCCGUGGUUGAGCCGCCGCCGCGCCAGGAGGAGGAGAAGGUGGAGGAGGAGGAGGAGCUGCCUGAGCGCGAGGACGAGGAGCGGGAGCACGCAGAGGGCGAGCGGCACCCUGAUGAUGACGAUCACCAGGACGAGCACAGCGAGGCUGCGGGUUAUGAUCACCAGGGCGAGGGUGACCACCACGACCACGAGGGUCUCUAGAGCAGGAGCACAGCCAGCCGCCAGCCGCCAGCCCGUGUGCUGUUUCAGCAGCGAACCUGAGCAUGAAGGCGUUCUGCACUCGGUCCGUCUCGUCGCCUUGGCUACGGUGAAUCGGUGUUGGCUUUUUUGGGUGUCAUUAGUUUGUUGUUAUUAGUCGGAUUUGUUCCCUCGUCAUGUUACUGUACUGUUUAAUUAUUGUACUUUGACAAAGUUUGUCAUGAAAUGCUGGGCUGCCAUCGGUCCCAGUCCUAUCAUGGAUCAUGUCUCUUCAACUUCA